AUGCGAGCGCAAUAUAGUUGGGUAACCUGGUUAACAAGACCAAUUAAUAUGACUAAUAUAUUAUCACAUUAUAUUCCAUUAACAGGAGUUGCUGCACAUGGACUUUUUACAGCAAAUAUUUUUUCUCCUGGUUUGUUAAAAAAUAUAUGUGAUGAGUGGGAUGUUGUUGCAUCAAAAUCACUCAUAGCAACAUCACUUGUAGGAAGUGGGUUUUUUGUUUUCUAUAGACCCCAUCUUUAUCAAACAUCAAAAUGGAAUCGUGUUGAAUACAGUGUUUUCUCUUCUGUUAUCUAUAAUUUUGGUACUAUUUUAUUAGCUGUUUUUUUAAAACCAUUAAUACCAAAAAAAUUAUCAACUUCUUUUAAAGCAAUUAUUGCAUUUGGAAUUUCAGCAUUUUUAACAAGUAGGACAAUUAAAUAUCUUAACCAUAUAGAUGAAAGAACUAUAGUUAAGAAGGAUCAAAAAUUUACUCACAUUGAAUAA